AUGCAGCUAACCAGCUCACAGCCUAGCGUCCGGUCCACUAGCCAGUCUCCUCCAUUGACUUUGCCCGGAGAAGAUGACAUGCGGCCUUAUGCAGUAGAACCACCCCGAAGCCCUAGCCAUGGCCAGUUUCGGCUACCACAUCCACCGGGGAUGCCAGCCUGUGUCCCGCCAUUACCGCCAGCAUGGGAAGGCACGGAGAGAAUGAGCGAAUGGCUCAAAGCCAAGGCCGAAGAAGAUAAGCGCAGACAGGAAGAAGAAAAGACUCGUCAAGCAAACUUGUUGUUGGAACAGCGACGGGUCGAGCAGGCAAUCCUCCAAGAUUCCCUCCGAGCCGGCGUGCCAGCCCAUCUCAUCCCGAUGAUCUUCAACGGCAUGCAUAAAUCCGGUGCAAAUCCUCAACUGGCAACAGAGCUACAGAGACAAUGGUCAGCCCCAAGAGUCACUGCACCCCAGCAACCGACUCGUCAACCAUAUCCAACAUCUUUGCCUGUGCAGCCAAACCCAUUGUAUCAACCUCCUCCCCAACCUGGCCCCCAACAGCCGCCACAGAUACCAAAUGGUGAGUCGUCAAUUCAGAAGGCUAAUCCGGUGCCCUAG